UGUAAAACACUGAAGCUAAAACUUAUAAUCAUGAAGUUCCUAGUGAUCCUCGCCCUGGUAGCCUUUGUGGCCGCGCGUCCAGAAGAGGAGAAACCUGACUACAGCCGCUACGAAAACUUCAACGUGGAUGAGGUCAUCGACAAUGACCGCUUCCUGGCCGGCUACUCCAAUUGUUUCCAGAGCAUCGGCAAAUGUACUCCUGAAGCUAGCGACUUCAAGAAAUGGAUUCCUGACGCGGUUCAAUCUGACUGCAGCGGAUGUUCAGAGCACCAGAAGACUCUCGUGGCCCGCGUCAUCAAAGCGAUCAUGGACAAAUUCCCCAAAGACUGGGUGAAGCUAAACGAGAUCUACAACGCUGAGGGCAAAUACACCGAAGGCUUCAAACUAUUCGUUGACAAAUACGCUGCAGUCAAGCAAUAAGUACUUUUAGGACACCUUGAUAGGUCUAUGCCAAAAAGUGUGCAAAGUAAUAUAAAUGAGUUUUAAUUUAAUGGAAACUUGUGAUACAUCUAGUAAUAAUUAAAAAAUUUAAAACAACUU